GGUGGGAGGUUCAUAUUAUCGGUUGGACCGAGGAAGCGAAGCGGAAAGUUCGCUCAACUUGUCAAGCGUAUCCGACUUGAAACACAACAAGAACAACUCACCUUCGAAAUACUCAAUACUACCAUAACAAGAUUACAACUCGAUGUCUUUCUCUCGAUAGACGUGCAGUGAAGAGAAAUAUCGUUUUAUCGCGCGGAUACGAGCACAUCUUAUCGAGAUAGAACAAUUCAUGACCCAGGGUCCCUAGCAUCGCUCGCCGGUAAUCUUCAAGAUGGGUAAAAUAGCAAGUCAUUUGACUUGCUUGUUUUGUUUCCUCCUUGUUUUGGGAAACUCGCGAGCGUUCAAUGUCGACACGAGCCAAGCUGUCAUCUACAGCCACCCAGGCGGUUCAAGCUCCGUCAAUCCUUAUUUUGGUUAUACUGUGGCGCUGCAUUCCUCAGCUAGCAGUAAAUGGAUUUUAGUUGGCUCUCCUAAAAGCAAUGUCCGAUCAGAUGCCAAUGACAUCUUGGAGGAAUACGGUGCAGUGUUCAAGUGCAGCACAGGGGGAACCAGCUGCUCAGUGAUGAACAUUGAUAAUAAACAGGAAGAAACAGAGCAAGCUCCAAUUGACAACACUAUAAAGACCGUUAAACUGGAAGAGAAGAAAGGCCAGUGGUUAGGAGGGAGUCUCCAUAGCACAGGAAUAGAUGGGAAAGUUGUGACAUGUGCUCCAAGGUAUACUUACCGUGGCAUGCCUCCAAGUGCAACAAAGGACCUACAGUACCGGUGGAUAGUAGGAAAAUGCUAUGACAUCAACUCAAGACUUGACAAGUUCAGUGAACCACCCAUCAGCCCGUGUAAGCCAAAAAAGAAAGGAAAUAACUAUUUUGGCUAUUGCCAGAGUGGCAUAAGUGCUGAAUACUCCUUGGAUAAGCGGGAUAUCAUAAUGGGAGCAGUUGGAAUAACAAGAUGGAAAGGUGGCAUUAUAUUAGAUUCUCCAUUGUUCGGUGACCAGACUUUCUCUACUCAAGAUCAGAUUGACAUUGGGUAUUAUAUGGGAUAUGCUGUAACAAGUGGUCAGUUUGGACAGGCGAACAGAACAGACAUUGCAGGUGGAGCACCUAGAGCUGAGAACCUCAAAGGAAAGGUGCUGAUUUACCAAAAGGAUUCUCAGUUAACAGUCAGCGCAGCUCUACCCCAGCCUAAAAAUCUCAAGAUGGGAAGCUACUUUGGAAGUGUGCUAUGCUCAGUUGAUCUGAACAAUGAUGGGUAUUCAGACAUGCUGGUUGGUGCGCCCUUAUAUUCAAACAUUAAGGACGAGGGUCGAGUGUAUGUCUACCUUAACAACAAAAGGGGUGCCUUGAACCUCAUGUCCAACAUGGAACUUGCUGGCGAUAAGACUCCUAGUGCCAGAUUUGGCUCAGCUAUUGCUAAUGCCGGGGACCUCAAUCAAGAUGGAUACCUAGAUGUGGCAAUUGGGGCGCCAUUUGAGGGAGAACAUGGAGCAGUUUAUAUAUACCACGGAUCUUCCUCUGGAAUAGAUACCAACUACAAGCAGAAAAUUCUUGGCUCAAGUGUGCAUUCUUCUCUCCGCAACUUUGGUCAGUCGAUAUCCGGAGGACUUGAUGUAGACGAUAAUGGCUACCCAGAUUUGGCAAUCGGGGCAUAUGGUUCAAACAAUGCUGUUUUACUCAAGUCACGGCGUAUCAUUGAUGUUGAAUCCACCAUCACCUUGAGUAGUAACCGUAUUGUACUGGAAAACAACAAUACUGGAAUAUGCAGGGAGGAUGAUGACUCGGAACAUAAAUGUCUAAAUGUAACUGCGUGUUUCAAGUACGAAGACAAAAAGCGGACAAACGAUCAAGAUUUGAAUAUCACAUACAAUGUUGAAGUGGACAAAGAUAAAGGUUCAGAUGACUUGCGUAGAAUGUACUUCUACAAAAAUGGUGACAAGUCCUUCAGCAAUACUGGCUUGUACACCAUACCUAAGCAGAGGACGGAGUACUGCUUGCCUCCAUUCACUGUGCACUUUAGGACUGCUGAGCGGAUCUUUGACUUGCUUGGAUUGCUAACCUUUGAUGUAUCGUUCGCGCUGGACAGCUCUUCUUGCCUUGCCGGCUCUCUAUGUCCAGUACUUAAUGAUUACAAGCCUAAGGGUAGCAGGGAAGUGGCCACAUUCCAGAAAGAAUGCAGAGGGAGUAUUUGUAAGCCAGACUUGGCGGUUAAAGGACAACUAUCUAUUCCCCAGAAUUACAAGGAGAUACGCAUAGGCACGAUCAAGGAGGUGACACUAAUGGUGGAUAUCAAGAACAAAGCCACGGAUGCGGCAUACUUGGCGCAAGCUGUUAUCACCUACCCUUCUAACCUGGACUAUAUUGGGCCUCGUGCCAGUGAUAGUAUUCAGUGCACUACCUCUGCCAGCGGUAACGGUACGGAGUCGGCCACAUGUAACGUUGGCAACCCACUCAAGGCAGCAACAAACAAAACGUUUGGCAUCAAGUUCGGCGUCCAGGGCUUAAAUAAAGAUUUUAAGAUUGAUCUUAAAGCUCAAAGCGCCAACAAAGAUACCGAUGAGAACGACAACAGCCAAAGCAUCUCUGUUGAAGUUAGAUUUGAAGCCGAUCUGGAGGUGUCAGGGUCAUCCGAGCCCGAUGAAGUCGUGUACGAAGGAAAUGCUCUUCAAGUCAAGGACGUAAAAACGCAAGAGGACAUCGGACCUCUUAUCACUCAGACAUUUGUGGUGCAAAAUAAUGGUCCAAGCGGCGUAGAUGGAUCAGAGAUUACCAUCAGUGUACCAAGCUACUACGACUCCAAUCUCGACAACUACUUACUUUAUAUCCUGAGCAUCGAGCUCGGUGGCGCUGCCGGAGGUGUUUGCGACAAGAAAGUCAUCAAUCCGCUCGACAUCAAGGUCGGCAAUAAUACGGAACAGACAAAAGAAUCUCGACGAAAACGGCGCGAAGUCACGAUGCUGAAUUGUCGCACAGCCCAAUGCAAGUCGUUCAAUUGUCGGCUUGGUCUCCUGGGGUCUGGGGACAAGGUCGAGAUCAAGAUCGUGUCUAGACUGUGGAAAAGCACUUUGCUCAAGAUCAACCCUGGCCCUGUGAAUAUGGAGACUUUUGCUAAGAUCAGUAUUCCUGAUAAGCGCAUCACGCAGCCAAACGAGGAGAACGACUCGGAAAUCGUAAUCACGCGCGCCAACCCGGCCAAGAGCGCUGCAGCCAAGCAAUCUACACCGUGGUGGGUCAUACUGCUUGCGGUUCUAGGGGGCGUGGCUCUGCUGGCAAUAGCUGCCUUUAUUAUGUACAAGCUUGGUUUUUUCAAAAGGAAGCGAAUAAAGGAUAUUUCCGAUCCCCAAAGCGAAGAAAACAUGGUGACUCAAUAGAUGGAACCACAAUCAAGAACACACCCCUUUUGGCUUCUUCAAGAGGCAAAGAGUGAUCAAAGAUAUUUCCAAUCCAGCAGUUGAAGGUGCAGAUAAUGCCGCAGUUAACACACUCUGACAUCGUGCGAGCGCGGUGCAUGGUUUAGUAAAGGCAUUGCUUCACUUCAAUUAAAGAGUCUCUGCAGCCGUUGUCUUGUCAUCCUAGCGAGAUACCAAGUGUCUAGAAAGCAUCCAUUUCCAUCGAUCGAUUUGAGGAAGCCGUAAUAUUGUCGAUUGAACUUUCUAGAUAGUAUAAACUUUGUUUUUUUAGAUGAUUAUUUCUAGAUUAUGUAUCAUGUGUCUUCCAAUGCUGAAUGUAAACAACAACAAAGUUAUGGCUGACAAAGGCUCUUUAAAUGCUCGUGCAAACAAAACUAGCCCAAAAGAAUGUCCCAACACCACGCAGAAACACUGUGCACAACAUUGAUGGGCCCAUCAGGGACUGGGUAAAUGGCGUGCCGACUAUUUCCAACCGAUAAUGCGGUAUUCCUUGAUGCACGUACUGUGGGCUCAUCAAACGGCUGGAAAUCGAGUCUAACGGUCACACGACACAAGGACUAUAACAAGAGGAGUCUAUCUUUUAGGAAGUGCCGAGAUGUGGGUGCGUGUUAUAGGUAUUUUCAAAUUGUAUUUUUUUUUGUCUACUGUUUAUAAGAAUAGUUAAAUAAACUCAGGGUUAGUGCCUAGCGAAAAAAAAACAGGUUUUUAAAAACUAUUUGAGCGCGGGACACUCUUUCUACAUGCAAAUAUAGCGGUGAAUGAAUCAAAUCUUUCUUGGUAGUCGUUUGAGAAGGUAUGCCGAAUGUCAAUUUAAAUAUCGACCCUUUCUUAGAAUAAUUAUUACUAAUUUGCCGAAACAAUUGUAAAAAAAAAAUAACUGUAAUAAUAACAUUAAAUGUUCUUUUUUUUUC